GCGGGGCGCGGCGGCUGGCUGAGGAGCUGCUGGGCGGCGGCGGCGGCGGGCUUGGAGCUGCCGGGCGGGAGCGGCGUAGGCGCGGGGUCAGUAGCAGCGCGAACCUGGACAUGGAGCCGCCCGGCGGGGGCCCGGGGCCCGGCCGCGGGACCCGGGACAAGAAAAAGGGCCGGAGCCCGGACGAGCUGCCUUCGGCGGGCGGCGACGGCGGCAAAUCCAAGAAAUUUACUCUGAAGCGGCUCAUGGCAGAUGAGCUGGAGAGAUUUACCAGCAUGAGAAUUAAGAAGGAGAAAGAAAAGCCGAAUUCUGCUCAUAGAAAUUCUUCUGCAUCAUAUGGGGAUGAUCCCACAGCACAGUCAUUGCAGGAUGUUUCAGAUGAGCAAGUUCUAGUACUCUUUGAACAGAUGCUGUUGGAUAUGAACCUGAACGAGGAAAAACAGCAACCUUUGAGGGAGAAGGACAUUAUCAUCAAGAGAGAGAUGGUGUCCCAGUACUUGCACACCUCCAAGGCUGGCAUGAGUCAAAAGGAGAGCUCUAGGUCAGCCAUGAUGUACAUUCAGGAGCUGAGGUCAGGCUUGCGGGAUAUGCCUCUGCUCAGCUGCCUGGAGUCCCUUCGUGUCUCCCUCAACAACAACCCUGUCAGUUGGGUGCAAACAUUUGGUGCUGAGGGCCUGGCUUCCUUGUUGGACAUCCUUAAACGACUUCAUGAUGAGAAAGAGGAGACUGCUGGAAGCUACGAUAGCCGUAACAAACAUGAGAUCAUCCGCUGCUUGAAAGCUUUUAUGAACAACAAGUUUGGAAUCAAGACCAUGUUGGAGACAGAAGAAGGAAUUCUGCUGCUGGUCAGAGCCAUGGAUCCUGCUGUUCCCAACAUGAUGAUUGAUGCAGCUAAGCUGCUUUCUGCUCUUUGUAUCCUACCACAGCCAGAAGACAUGAAUGAAAGAGUUUUGGAGGCGAUGACAGAAAGAGCUGAAAUGGAUGAGGUGGAACGUUUUCAGCCACUGCUGGAUGGAUUAAAAAGUGGGACCUCCAUUGCUCUCAAGGUGGGAUGCCUACAGCUGAUCAACGCUCUCAUCACACCAGCUGAAGAACUUGACUUCCGAGUUCACAUCCGAAGCGAACUGAUGCGCUUGGGGCUGCAUCAAGUGUUGCAGGACCUUCGAGAGAUUGAAAAUGAUGAUAUGAGAGUGCAACUAAAUGUGUUUGAUGAACAAGGAGAAGAAGAUUCCUAUGACCUGAAGGGACGGCUGGAUGACAUUCGAAUGGAGAUGGAUGACUUCAGUGAAGUCUUCCAGAUUCUCUUAAACACAGUGAAGGAUUCAAAGGCAGAGCAACACUUCCUGUCCAUCCUGCAGCACCUACUCUUAGUCCGAAAUGACUAUGAGGCCAGACCGCAGUACUAUAAGUUGAUUGAAGAAUGUAUUUCUCAGAUAGUUCUGCACAAGAAUGGGGCUGAUCCUGACUUCAAGUGCCGGCACCUUCAGAUUGAUAUUGAGGGACUGAUUGAUCAAAUGAUUGAUAAAACAAAGGUGGAGAAAUCUGAAGCCAAAGCUACAGAGAUGGAAAAAAAGCUGGACUCAGAGUUAACAGCCCGACAUGAGCUACAGGUGGAAAUGAAAAAGAUGGAAAGUGACUUUGAGCAGAAGCUCCAGGAUCUUCAGGGAGAAAAGGAUGCAUUGGAUUCUGAAAAGGAAAAAAUUGCCACAGAGAAACAGAACCUGGAAGCAGAAGUGUCUCAGCUCACAGGAGAGGUUGCCAAGCUGUCCAAGGAACUGGAAGAUGCCAAGAAAGAAGUGGCUUCACUCUCCACUGCAGUUACUGCUGCAGCCCCUCCUAGCAGUGCUACUUUUCCCCCUGCCCCUCCUUUACCUGGUGACUCUGGGCCUGUCAGUCCCCCCUCACCCCCUUUACCAGGAGAGGUUAGCAUAGCCUCCGCACUCCCUCUUCCUGGGGGUGGGGCCGUUCCUCCUCCACCACCUCCUCCUCCUCCUCUGCCUGGGGGUGCCUACAUCCCCCCACCCCCUCCUCUGCCUGGGGGUGCCUUCAUCCCUCCACCUCCCCCUUUGCCUGGGGGUGCCUCCAUCCCCCCACCCCCUCCUCUGCCUGGGGGUGCCUCCAUCCCCCCACCCCCUCCUCUGCCUGGGGGUGCCUCCAUCCCCCCACCCCCUCCUCUGCCUGGGGGUGCCUCCAUCCCCCCACCCCCUCCUCUGCCUGGGGUUGCCUCCAUCCCCCCACCCCCUCCUCUACUUGGGGGUGCCUCCAUCCCCCCACCCCCUCCUCUGCCUGGGGGUGCCUGCAUCCCUCCACCUCCCCCUAUGCCUGGGGGUGUUGGCAUCCCCCCACCUCCUCCUCCCUUGCCUGGAGGACCAGGAAUGCUACCUCCCCCUCCCCCUCUUCCUGGUGGAAUCCCUCCACCCCCUCCAUUUCCUGGAGGCCCUGGUAUUCCUCCACCUCUCCCUUUUGGAGUUCCUGCAGCCCCAGUUCUACCAUUUGGAUUAACCCCAAAGAAACUUUACAAGCCAGAGGUACAGCUCCGGAGGCCAAACUGGUCCAAGUUUGUCGCUGAGGACCUUUCCCAAGACUGCUUCUGGACAAAGGUGAAGGAGGACCGAUAUGAGAACAAUGAACUUUUCGCCAAACUUACCCUUACCUUUUCUGCUCAAACCAAGACUUCAAAAGCCAAGAAGGAUCAGGAAGGUGGAGAAGAAAAGAAAUCUGUGCAAAAGAAAAAAGUGAAAGAGUUAAAGGUGUUGGAUUCAAAGACAGCCCAGAAUCUCUCAAUCUUUUUGGGUUCCUUCCGCAUGCCCUAUCAAGAGAUUAAGAAUGUCAUACUGGAGGUGAAUGAGGCUGUUCUGACUGAGUCUAUGAUCCAGAAUCUCAUUAAGCAGAUGCCAGAGCCAGAGCAGUUAAAAAUGCUUUCUGAACUGAAGGACGAAUAUGAUGAUCUGGCUGAGUCAGAGCAGUUCGGCGUGGUGAUGGGCGCUGUGCCCCGUCUGCGGCCUCGCCUCAAUGCCAUCCUCUUCAAGCUGCAGUUCAGUGAGCAAGUGGAGAAUAUCAAGCCAGAGAUCGUUUCUGUCACUGCCGCAUGUGAGGAGUUGCGAAAGAGUGAGAACUUCUCUAGCCUCCUGGAGAUUACCUUGCUUGUUGGAAACUAUAUGAAUGCUGGUUCCAGGAAUGCUGGUGCUUUUGGCUUCAGUAUCAGCUUCCUCUGUAAGCUUCGAGACACCAAGUCCACAGAUCAGAAGAUGACGUUGUUGCACUUCUUGGCUGAGUUGUGUGAGAAUAACUAUCCCGAGGUCCUCAAGUUUCCAGAUGAGCUUGCCCACGUGGAGAAAGCCAGCCGAGUUUCUGCUGAAAACUUGCAAAAGAACCUAGAUCAGAUGAAAAAACAAAUUUCUGAUGUGGAGCGUGAUAUUCAGAAUUUUCCUGCUGCCACAGAUGAGAAAGACAAGUUCGUUGAAAAAAUGACCAGCUUUGUGAAGGAAGCACAGGAACAGUAUAACAAGCUGCGGAUGAUGCACUCUAACAUGGAGACGCUCUAUAAGGAGCUGGGCGAGUACUUCCUCUUUGACCCCAAGAAGGUGUCCGUAGAAGAAUUCUUCAUGGAUCUGCACAACUUUAAGAAUAUGUUUGUGCAAGCAGUCAAGGAGAACCAGAAGCGGCGGGAGACAGAGGAGAAGAUGCGGCGAGCAAAACUGGCCAAGGAGAAGGCAGAGAAGGAGCGGCUGGAGAAGCAGCAGAAGAGAGAGCAGCUCAUAGACAUGAAUGCUGAGGGCGAUGAGACAGGUGUGAUGGACAGUCUUCUGGAAGCCCUGCAGUCAGGCGCAGCAUUCCGGCGGAAGAGAGGACCCCGUCAGGACAAUCCUUUGCGUCCCUGGGAGGAGGAGGAGGAGACCUGUAAAUUGGCAACAGGAAGGUUGGGUGUGCAGCCUUAUCCCAGCUAGAAUCAGUGCUGACCAGGGACGAUGCCAUGACCUGUGUUCCUGCCAAGACGUCCAAGAAGAGUGAGGAAGUCCCCACCAUCCUUGAGGAGGCCAAGGAGUUGCUCGGCCGUGCAAGCUAAGCCAGGUCCUGGGGCCAUGGCAGCUCCUCAGUGGAGCUCCACACUGUCCCUGCCCUGCAGCAUGUGCCUGAAGGGUCACAGAGAUAUUCCUCUGCGGUGGCCACUCCCAUCACCUUGACCCCAUCUUUGUCUCCAGCCUGCUGCUCUCUGUACAUCACACACAGCUUCAGCUGCCUGGAGGCCAGAAGGAGAGGGCAGUGUGGGGAGGCCUGAGGCCAACCCAGCCAGCUCUGGCUCUCUUAUUACCAAAGCAGGCUGUGUUUGCUGCCUUAACCCCAAGUGUCUCCUCCGUCCUCCGUGGCCUCAUCUCAGACAAGGCCCCACCUGCUUUCUCAGCCCCUACCUUUCCUGUGGGCUUUUGCUGGGUUUGUGCUUUUCUUUUGUGUUUUCUCUGGCCCUGAGAACAGCAUGGGCUGAUGAACCUUUGGGCUCUGUCCCUCCUUUCAUUGCUGUCACCACCCCCCCACCCCCGCUGCUCUUCCUGCCCCUGGCUCUUGUUAUUACUAGGGGUGUGGCAUUGGGAGAUGCUUCCAAGGAAGUGGGGAGCAAAUCCCCCUUAUCCCACUUUUUGGGAAAGGCUUCCCAAAACAAAAAGAACCUGGACCACUUUUAUCUGUUCUCCUGUGGCCUAGGCCAGAGCCUAGGGCAGGCAAGCAUUGCAUAGGUGGGACCUGCCCCCAGCCUGCUGCCAUGCUCUGUGCCCUGGCCUCUCUGGACCCUCUGCACCAGCCCUAGGCUACUGAGCCACAGGCCCUUCUCACGCCCUCCCUAGAGCUUUGGUGCAUCUCAUCCCAACACCUUAUCCUCUGUCUCCAGGGAAAUGGGAGGUGGAGCCUCCUGGCUGAGAAAUUGUUUUGCAAAAGGAUCUAUUUUUAUAUGAAUUUUUUUUUUUUUAAGGAAAAUAACUCUUCCUUCCUCCUUUCCCCUCCAUAAUGUAAGAGGCUUUGAUGGCAGGUUCCAGAGUCCCUGGGAUUUCUCCCCACAAGCCUCAAUUCUGAACAAGCCCCUGGACUUCCACCUCAGCCCUCAAGCCUCUGGGCCCUUGAGGCCAGUGCAGACUCUCUCUCCCAGCAUCUGACUCCGGGGCAAGGGGAAGCUCUUCUCUUGUCGAGCUGGACCAGGCCUAAGAGUAGUGGGAGCUCUGAAACGACAGAGUUUUUAUAAAUUUAAUAUAUUUAUCAAGCCAAAUGUGCAGAUGCUAACUGGCCACUCUGGAGCAGUGCGCACAGGCUGUGCCCCACCCUGCUCUCUUCUCUGCAGUGGGCAGGCCAGACUCUUUGGCGGUUCCAGCCACAGGAAGCUCAGAUUCUCCGGUCAAGGUGACACUUUGCCCUCCUGUGCUCCUUUCAGCUUCCCACCCCUGGGAGAGAGAGAAUGGCACUGGUAGGGCCUGGCACUAAAAGUACAGUAGAGCAAGGGGGAGCUUAGGAGACCCUAAGGGUGCCUGCAGGGAGGCCUUGAGGCCCGGAAGGAAGGUUCUGGUUGUUAGAGCCUGUGUGUGAAGGGGCAACAGCAGCUCCUUUGAGCUAUUUCUGGGAGGACCGUGGUGUGGGGGCCUGCUGCUCCCCUAGGUCCCCUCCUCCCUGCUGACAUCUGGGGCUUUGACCCUUUCUUUUUUAAUCUACUUUUGCUAAGAUGCAUUUAAUAAUAAUAAAAAAGGGACAAAAUGCAAACCUGUUCCCCUCACCUCUUGGGCUUCUGGGAUGUCAUCACCUCCAGUUUGUUGGGUUUGUUUCCAACUGUUAAUAAAGCAUUGAAACAGUACUGCC